CGUCAGUCCCGAACUUAUCUCCUCUUCCCUCCACAUCUCCUCCAAAAGCAUCCAAAACAUGGUUGUCUCCAGAUCAGCAAGCAUCCUUCGCUCCGUCUGCCCUACUUUCAUCUCAAGCAGGGCCUAUGCAACCGCCGCUCCCGCCUUCGGCAAGCCCGUUAACGGUUUCGUUGGGGCCAUCGGAAACACUCCUUUGAUCCGACUCAGCCGUCUCUCUGAGGAGACCGGCUGCAAUAUCCUCGCGAAGGCCGAGUUCAUGUCCCCUGGUGGCUCCAUCAAGGACCGAGCCGCCCUUUACCUUGUCCAGGACGCCGAGGAGAAGGGUCUCAUCCGACCUGGUGGCACUGUUGUUGAGGGUACCGCUGGUAACACUGGGAUAGGUCUUGCUCAUGUCUGCAGGUCCAAGGGAUACAAGUGUGUCAUCUACAUGCCUGACACUCAAUCUCAGGAGAAGAUUGACUUGCUGAGGAUGUUGGGUGCCGACGUCAGGCCUGUCCCUGCCGUCGCUUUUGACAACCCUCAGAACUACAACCACCAAGCUGCCCGAUACGCUGCUUCCCUUGAGAACGCCGUCUGGACUAACCAAUUUGAUAAUGUCGCCAACCGAAAUGCCCACAUCGUCUCUACCGGUCCUGAAAUCUGGGAGCAAACCGAUGGCGGCAAGCUCGAUGCUUUCAUUUGCUCUACCGGUACUGGUGGUACCCUUGCCGGUGUGACUAGGUACCUGACUGAGAAGAGUAACGGACGUGUUGAGGCUUGGUUGGCGGACCCUCCUGGAAGUGUGUUGUUCAAUUUGGUUGAGAAUGGUGAGAUCAAGCGAGAAGGUAACGGCUCUAUCACCGAGGGUAUCGGACAAGGUCGAGUCACCAACAACCUCGCCCCCGAUCUCUCUCUCCUGUCUGGCGCUAUCCACGUGCCCGACUCUGCCUCCAUUAACAUGAUCUACCGACUUCUUGACGAGGAAGGUCUCUACGUUGGUGCGUCCUCCGCGCUCAACGUCUGGUCCGCUGUCGAGCUCGCGAAGCGAAAAGGAAAGGGCAGCACCGUCGUUACUGUUCUCUGUGACGGUGCUUACCGAUACCAAGCUCGUUUGUUCUCUCGAGUGUGGCUCGAAUCUAAGGGUCUCGUCUCUCAUAUCCCCGACCAUCUCCAAAAGUAUAUUGUUCUUCCUUAAUCAACUUCAUUUUCACGACAUAUGCCAUGUAUACACAGAUUUAGAGAAUAUUGAAUUGUAAUCGUGGCAUGUGGCCAAAAUCUAAUUGUGACCAUACUUCACUUCUAGACAUCCAGCAGCCAAAUCUACGUGCUCGCCUUGACAAGGUUCACCAACCCCGAGACCCUUCCUGGAGUAGUAGGAGCGUAAGCAAGGCCCACUAAUCCCUUCAAGAACUGCCAAGCGGUCCCAUCUUCCGGCAAUGGGAAGUCUGGCGUUGAGUGUCAGUUUAUCGACCUUGAAUUUGGGAGAAAUGCAAGACUUACCGACAGGUCGAGGGAUGGUUGUCCUAAUCCAAGAGAAGAAUCGGUCUUCAGUAAUGGCCUUGACGGAGCACAGGGAUCGUAAUCCUUCUUCGCCACCUAUCAGACAUUUCAUCAGAGCAAAUUCAGGUGGAUCUAAAACCAGGAUAUACCAAAACGACCGUGACCGCUAGCUUUCACACCCCCGAAAGGCAUUGCCUGAUUAAGGUAGAAAACGCCCUGUACCAAGUUUCGCAUAUGUCAUGAGCAGAAUAAAUUAUACUUACUCGUUGAUAGCAACCAUCCCACAUUCCAAUUUCUCCGCCACUCUCCUGCAUUCCUUCUUGUCCUUGCCAUACACACCGCCGCCCAAUCCAAACUUCCCCUUAUUCAACCAUUCCACGGCCUCAUUUACGUCAUCAUAAGGAACCACCGUCAUCACCGGGGCAAACAACUCUUCCUUCGCAACAGCCAUAUCCAUCGUCACAUCAGCAAUCAAUGUAGGCUCAAAGUAUGCGCCUUGGGGGUAAAGAGGAUGAACGUAGGGGUGCCCACCGGCGAGAAGCCUGGCGCCAGAGGAGAUGGAGGAAGCGAGAAGGGAUUGAAGCUUAGAGAUGGGGGCAUGGGAUAUAAGAGAGCCGACGUCGUGUCCUGGUCGAAGAGCUUGAACUCGGGGGGUUAAUAUUUCGAGAAAGCGAGAGUACUGGGAACGGUGCACUAGGAAGAGUUCGAUACCGAUGCAA